AUGUCAACAAAAGCUGAAGAUAUCCCAAAAAAGGGAAAACGAAAAAGUACAAGCACCAAAAAGCCAAUUAAAAAAGACGAAUUUGGUGAGAAACUUGAUGUGAAGCCUGUUUUACCGAAAGUUGUCGAUGAAUAUGAUUAUGAUUCAUCGGAUGAAGAAGAUUUGCGAAAUACAAUUGGAAAUAUUCCAAUAAAAUGGUAUGACGACGAAGAGCACAUUGGAUAUGAUAAACAUGGAGAGAAAAUUAUAAAACCAGAGAAAAAAGGAGAAAUUGAAACAUUUUUGGAAAAAAUGGAAGAUCCUGAUUAUUGGAGAAAAGUAUUCGAUCGUCAAUCUGGAACUGAUAUCAAAUUGACAGAUGAACAAAUUGAAAAAUUGCAAAAUAUUGCAUCUGGAAAAUAUCCAACAAUUGGCUAUAAUCCUUAUGAACCAUUCCUUGAUAUUUAUUCAUCUCAAAAAGAAAUCCAUCCAAUUGAUAACAUGUAAGAUUUAUUAUAAACAGUGAAGAUUUAUUAUAAACAGUGAGUAAUAUUUAUACAGCUUAUUUUCAGCCCAGCUCCAAAAGCUCGUUUUAUUCCAUCGAAAGAUGAAAUGCGUAUGGUUAGUAAAAUGGUUCAUGCAAUUCGAAUGGGUUGGGCAAUUGGACCAAAAGAAAAGAAAGAAGAGAAAAAAGUGUAUGAUUUAUGGGCAUCGGAAGAUUCAAUGGAUAAUUUGACAAAAUCUCAAUUGUCUAGAAUGCGUGUUCAUAUGCCAGCUCCAAAAGUAACACUUCCAACUCAUGCUGAAUCUUAUAAUCCAGCAGAAGAAUAUUUAUUCGAUGAUGACGAGAAAAAGAAAUGGGAAGAAACCGAAAAAGAAGAUCGUGUCAUGAAUUUCGUUCCAUCCAAAUUCGAUUCACUCCGAAAAGUUCCACAAUAUGACAAAUUCAUCACUGAAAGAUUCGAAAGAUGUUUGGAUUUGUAUUUGGCACCAAGACAAAGAAAAAUGCGUAUUCAUGCAGAUCCAACUGAUUUACUUCCUGAUUUACCAAAUCCAAAUGAUUUGCGACCAUUCCCAACUAAUUUAGCAUUCGUAAGUUAUUUCUUGUGAAAAAAAUAAGUGAAGGCUAAUUAUUAUUUUCAGUAUAUGCGUGGUCAUAAAGGACAAGUUCGUUGUAUUUCAAUGGAACCAGAAAAAGGUGAAUUAUUAGCAAGUGGUGGACAAGAUGGAACAGUUCGUAUAUGGAUGUUAGCAACUGGAAGAUGUAUCAAAACAUUUGAUAUGGGAGGAGAAGUUACUUCAGUUGCUUUUUCACCAAUCGCUGAAAGAACAAUGUUAGCUGUUGCUUAUGAAGGAAAACAUAUUGCAAUUUUGAAUACUGGUUGUGGAGAUAAAUUGCAUAUUCAACAAACUGAACAAUUUAUCAGCGAAGUGAGUUGGAAUAUUUUAGAAAAAAAUAUUAGAAUACCUUCACGUAGUCUAGUUGUUUGUGUAGACAUUUAGAAAUCAUUUGAAAAAAUGGAUUUUAUAUUCAUUUUUAUUAAAUCUAUUAUUUUAGGUUCCAACUGAUGAACAAGAAGAUGGAGCUGUUGUACAUUGGAGAAAAGCCAAGGAUCGUGUAACACUUACACUUCCAAAUGUAUGUUGUUUUUUUCUCAGUUUCAAAUUAUCAAGUCUUUUUUUCAGGAAGUUAGACAAGUUACAUGGCAUGCAAAAGGUGAUUAUUUGGCAACAGUUGCAGUUGAUGAUAUCGCAAAAAGUGUUUAUGUUCAUCAAAUGUCAAAAUCAAAAUCACAAUGUCCAUUCACAAAAAGAAAAGGACAUGUUCAAGCUGUCGUUUUUCAUCCAACACAAGCUCGUCUUUUCGUUGCUACCAAAAUUCAUGUUCGAGAAUAUGAUUUGGCUCGAUGUGUUUUGAUUAAAAAAUUGAUCACCGGAAUCAAACACAUUUCAAGUAUUGUUCCGGAUGCAUCUGGAGAAAACCUUUUCUUGGGAGGUUUGGAUCGUCGUUUUGCUUGGAUGGAUCUUCAAAUGGGAAACAAACCAUGGAAGAAAUUGAAACAUCAUACAUCCGCAAUUCGAAGUGUUGCAUAUCAUAAAAAAUAUCCACUUUUGGCAACAGUUUCUGAUGAUGGAAGUGCUAUGGUUUAUUAUGCUAGAAUUUAUUCCGAUUUUUCAAAGGAUAACGAAUUAUAUCCAGUUAAAAGAUUGAAAGCUCAUGAGAAGGUAAUUUAUACGAGAAAAAAAACUAUUGAGAAAAUAUUUAUCUUUCAGGCUGAUGAUCUCAGUAUGCUUCACACUGUUUGGCAUCCAAUUCAACCAUGGUUAAUCACUGCUGGAGCUGAUGGUUCCAUAGCACUUUUUACCUAUUAG